AUGCCCUUCACCAUACCGCUGCGCACAUCAGCCGCGGCCGCCUCCACCUCGACCGACCAAGCCAGCAGCGGCAGCGGCAGCGGCAGCGGCGGCGGUGACUACCAGCUCUUUGAGAUCCCACCGGAUCUCCUUGCGCACUUCACCUCUGCUGGCGCCUCGUCUGCAUCGGUGCCGACGCAGCUCACCAUCAAGGGGCAGCCCAACGACUCGGCGGUUCUCACAACCGCCACGUCGACCUACGCCCUCCGCAGCGUCUCCCAGAGCAACUCGCUCCUCGUCUGUUCCCUUGCGCCCUCCGCCUCGUCGCCACAGGAUGCCACGUCAGGCAAGACCAUGGAGCUGCAACUGCAGACCACCAUCUCGGAUACGCUCGAGUGUCAGCUAUCCGUGCCGCACCUUGGCCGCAUCACCUCGCUGCUCCGCCCCACGCGCUACAGGGGUCGAUCCGACGCCCAACCGAGCACCGGCGCACGGCUCUACCGCAGGCACGAGAUCUUCGACCUGGUCCAGGCGAGCGACGCCGAGAUUGUACGGGGGCUCGACGAGCAGCGCGUCGUCGAGCUCGACGGCGUCAUGAGGCAGCUCGACGACGACUUCACCCUCGACCUCCUCAAGGCCGUCCUGGCGCAGGUCGAGGUCAAUGCGUACCUCCUCGAACAGGUACCGCUCCACGAGCUCGUAGAUGGUCUCGACAAGGAGUUUGAUAUCGAACCCAGCGUCACGAGGCAGGCUUGCUCCCGUCUUUUCGGAAAAGUCCGCGAGGGACAGGGGCGGGGGCCCGAGGCGAAGGAGGAGGACGAGGUGGUGGAGCUGGAUGCGAUGGCCAUUACGAGGUUCAUCGGGAUACAGCAGCUCAAGACGGCAAGGAUGCCAAUACCGCUCUCGACCUUCUUCCACUCCUGGCAGGCCGCGAGCGGAUCGACGCUAUCGCCGCACGUCUCGCUACCCCUCCUCCGGGGCGAGUACAUCCUGCACCCGGCAGCGCAGCCCUACACCUCGACGACCUCGACAACGAGCGCACCGGCAUUCAGCAUCCAGCGCUUCUCGAUCGCCGACCUUCCCACCGCGCCGGCCGCACGCUUCCAGGACCUGUUCAACACGCGGCCGUCCUGGACCGCCGAGGACCUCGAUCCGUUCAUCGAGGACCUCGUCCAGGGCGAGGGGCUGCAGCAGCAGAGAAAGAAAAAGGACGCGCUCCUCCUCAAAUUCUGCCGCGCCAGCAAGGUCAAGAUCGUCGACUGGAGCGGCGAGCUCGCCAGGUUCUUUGGCCACGUCGACGAGGACGAUGAGGCGCGACAGGGUGGUGUCGGGGACGAGGCGAUGGCCGAGGCGGAUAGACGGAGAGUCAAGAGCAGGACCAGGAAGGACACAAAGCUCAAGGACGUCACGCUCUACACGGCCCGCGUCAAGUUCUAA